CCCUACCCUACCUUACCCUACCAAACAACUCGAAACCAUGCAAAUCAACAUCGUCGAUCACCAGCUUAACUCUGAAGCCCACAACCUCUACGAUGUCCAGAUCGGGCAGGGGACCACCGUCCGAACACUAGUCACCACCUCCGCUUCCAUGGUCGACUCCUGGAUUUCAGAAACCCAGCGGAUCCACAAUCGGAGGCUCCACGGUCUCAUUGUCGGCCUCGACGUCGAGUGGCGACCAUCCUACACUAGCAGCGUCAAUAAUCCGGUCGCCAUUAUACAGCUCUGCGUCGGUCACCGCUGCCUCAUCUUUCAGAUCCUCCACGCCGACUAUAUUCCGAGAUCUCUGGUCAACUUCCUCGGGAAUUCCGAUUACCGCUUCGUCGGCGUCGGUGUAGCGGCCGAUGUGGACAAGCUAAUCGCUUACCACCAACUGUCCGUACGGAACCCGGUUGAGUUAAGAGAUGUGGCGGCGCGUAAGCACGGGGAUUGGAGUCUGAAGAGUACGGGGCUGAAAGGGUUGGCGAGGUAUGUGCUGGGAAUGGAGAUUGAGAAACCCAACAGCGUCACCAUGAGCAGGUGGGAUAAUCGGUAUUUGGAUUAUUCUCAAGUUCAGUACGCUUGCGUUGAUGCUUACCUUUCCUUUGAAAUUGGGAAAACGUUAAUGGCGGACGAUUAGCUUAGUAUUUCCUUUCGUUUAGUGGGUUUUUCUUUUGAAAUUACUUUUGUUUUUAUUUUCUGUUAGUUUUU